GAAUCUAGAAUAAUCAAAUGUUGGAGUUUUUCACUUGUAAUGACAAUCCAUCAGUUUAAUAACAAGACAGUCUGAGGAUUUAUCAGAAACACACAGCACACAUGCCUUGUCUUUAGCGCCCAUGAUUUGUUUCUUCAUAAGUUUUACUUUGUGGCAUGAGAGGCUGAACUGCUGGGUUAGUUAGGAUCUAAACAACCCAGUAGUUAAUACAUAGUUUGUUGUUGGGUUAACCAUUGGGUUGCUUAGGAGCUGAUCAUGGUUAUGCACUAAGUGGAAGAGGCCACAUGUUCACAUAUCUCUGUGUCAGACUUUAAUGAAUCUAAAUGUAAGCCAGAUUAUGGUACAUCUGAAAUUCAUGAUUGUUUGAACCUACUUAGAGCAGCAAAGCAGCUUCUCAUGAAAUUAUGAAAGAUUCUUCUUACAUUAAAUCCCUGAAUCCUUUUCCCUUUUGGUUUUCAAACUCUCUUUAAGGUCACAACUCACUUAGUUGCACUAGAGGCUUGGUGAGGUUUUGUGCAAUGUUGUAAUUGCAGUAUUCAAAGAAAAAUUGUAUUCAGUGGGAAUGACAUUAUACUGCACAUACGAUACAGCAGAUUCUAUGUUGCAGGGUCAAGGAAAGUUACAUGUAGUGUCUUCCAUAUUUAUUGAUUAUCUAAUUCCCAUAGUAAAAAAUGGUAAGGUGGAGCCCAUUCUCCAUCUUGCCAUAUAUUUUGAUGAUAUUUAUUUCUAAGUAACAAUUUAAGACAGACAGACUGAGAACAUUUAACCUAGUGGUUUUUUUUGUUCUUCUACUAAUUUAUUCAUAAUCUGAUUACUGAAGGCCUCUUCAUGCUUUGCCACUGAAUUAAGCAUUGCAUUCUUGCAAGUGCAUACUAAUACAGUAAUAUACAGAGGCAACUUCAACUUUCCUAACACAUGGCGUAAAUAUGAGUUGUCAUUAGGCAGUAUGUGCUAGCAUAUAUACAAUACUUAUAACCAGGGUUGUAUGUUUACCCAACACAAGGCAACUUUUUAUUUAAUUACUUGUAAUAAUUACCAAUUGGUUCUCUGAAUAUAUGCAUGAAGUAAUUAAUAUGUUUCUGAGCAAUGAAAUCCUUUGCAUAGUCAACUUUUUUAAAAAAAAUUGGCUUGUGAAACAUUAGUCUUGUGAAUAAGACCCCCAACCCUCAGUAUUCUGAGAAUAGAGUUUUACACUCUGUGACAUGACACAAUUUUAACUCAGUAUGGGUAGGAUUUGAUACUUACAGUGACAAGCUUUCUCCAAUAUGAUACCUACCAAAUGUGUACAACCACAGCUUCUAUCAUCCCUCUAAAUUUGUCAUCUGUUGCAUCUGGAGGUUACCAGACUGGGUACACUACUGUAGGCAUUUAGUAGCAUUCAUGUCUCAGUGCUUUUGGAUCACACAUCUAGUUACAUUCAGUGGGAUUGUGGGUGGCCACUCAUGGUGAAUAUUCAGUAUCUGUUCAUGGCAGCAAACUGAAGCCUCAUUAACAGAGUCACAGCCUAGAUCAUUCAUUUUCUAUUUGUGUUCAAUAUUCAGAAAUAGUGCACCAAAACAUAAUGCCUUGGUUAAAUAUGGCAGAACGUGCAUGUGCAUUUCCAUUGAUUCUGAAGAUUCCAUGUUCUUUUAUAGCUAGUGAAUAUGCUCAAUUUCAAACAUUAUAGCUAGUGAAUAUGCUGCUUGCUGAGUUGAAGCUCCCCCCACCCAAAAAAAAAUCAUUCCAUUCAAAUGCAAUAAUAGGACGGUCCCUAUAAAUUAAAUUAUUUUAAGGUCUGAUCUCAUCCUGCAUUUUAGCAGCAGUGUGGUGUUGUAACCUGUUAUCUCCAAAACCUUAAAUUAGAGUAAACCUAGUGGUAUAAGACUGAUCCACAAAGGAGUCUGGUAGUAGUUCUUCAGCAUGAAUUUCUGCAAAGAAAAAAUAAGAUGGUCCUUCGGUGUAGAGCAGGUAUUUUUAAAAAAUCUUGCAAUUUUAAUGAUUUUAAAUAUUUUUGUGUACUUCAAUAUAAGCAAUUGAGAUAUGUUAAAAAGUAAGGUAUGUAAUUAUUAGCCCCUAUACAGAGAUUUACGGAUCUUUGUUAAUUUUCCUUGAGUCCAAAGUUUAGAAAACUUGGUAUAUUGCCUAAUAUGGUAACUUGUUUUGCAAUUAAUGCUUAAUAAUGUAUUUAAAUAGUAGACAUAUAAUUUAUCAGGCAUCUCAGACUAAAUAAACUGUUUAAAGAGCUGGUAGAUAUAUACCUUUAGUUCAUAAGCUGAGUUACUUCUCUUGUACAUUAGAUAUAUUGAUGAUGCUGAAGUCUAUUUAAUAUGCGGGUGCUCACUUGUCUUUUAUUGCUUUUGUAUUGCUACCGAACUGGCUUGAAACCAGCUAUGCCAUGGGCUGGGGCCAGAGUUAUCUUCCACUCCACUAAGAGCUGCUUAUGCCUUGUAUUGUACAAAACAACAACAACACUUCUUGAAUUACUUCUUUUUGCUUACAUAAGAACUUAUACAAAGAGAAUCAUGAGAAUGGUUCUUGAACCUAUCUGUUGUAGCACUGAACAAAUUCUUGAUCAAGUACUUGCAGAACAGCACUAGUAACUAUUUCCUCCUCCCAUUGUUCUUUUGAUACAACACCAUAGCGUGUGUUCAUAUGUUCAUUAUAUGCUCUUCCUCCAUGCUAGGCUUUAUUUUCAGUUCUGUUGUUACCUCCCAAAUGUUAAGAAGAUUCAAAGAUGCAGAUUUUGAAAAUGUGUCACUCUAAACUUAGGUGAUUAAAAAUAUAGAUUGGUGUCCACAAGUUUUUCUAGGUGUGUGGACCUUCUCUUUUUUAUCUAGUUAUAUCAAAUACAAGGUCCAUAUAACCUGUCUUGUUCUUGAUAACUCAUGUGUUUCCUUCUAUAAAUCUGUAGCAGCUGCAAGUAUGUGCUGCUUGUCCUUAGUCCUGCUCAACCCAUGGGCUGCUGAUUUAUUUUUAUUAUGGUGGGUUCUUCUUACUUAGAGUUAACUGACAUUCAUGGUUAAUCAACUUUUUAGAGUUUAUGAUGGGGUUAUACACGUGCUAUAAUAGGCCUUCUGUGUCUGAUUGUGAUAUUGGCAUAUGCUUAGCAUUUGUUUAUGAAUAGGCUAUUGUGAAAAGUGGUUAAAUGUUAUGGAACAUUCACAGAAGUAAUGAGAAAUGCAUUUCAUAGAGCAGGGGCAGAAAACAUGCAGCAUUCCAAUUGUUGGACUGUAGCUUUUAUCAACCCUCACUUUGGGCUAUGCCUUUGGUACCAAUGGCAAUUGCAGUGCAACAUCAGCUGGAGGGCCAUAUUUUCUCCACUCAUGUCCUAGAUGGUUUAAAAGCAAGUUAAUUGUUAUAUCUGCUAGCGUAGUCUUGUGUUGUGUGUGUGUGUGUGUGAGAGAGAGAGAGAGAGCGAGAGAGAGAGAGAGAGAGUGAGCGAGCACAACAUUAGGCUAGCUUGUAAGCUGUUUAGCAGCUGAAUAUGUACUGCCCUGUGUAUGUUCUCCCAAUGUACAUGUUAUUUAUUACUACUGAAAAGUUUAAUCUGAACUUUUUCAAAUAAGCUUACUAAAUGAAACACUAUGCAAUUGCAUCUUCUUUCUUCCAAAACAAAAUCCCUGCCAUUACAUAAUACCCAUUACACUGAAAAAACUUGUUUUAUCAAACAAAUAACAGCACUGUAACAUUUUAGGAGAGCAACAUUAAUCUCUUGAAAGUGUUUGGAUGCUUUUUAACGCUUUGCAUGUAUUACUAAACUGCUGGUUUGGAAAUGUUAUAUAAAAAUUACUUCAACUACUCCAGAGCUAUAGGAUGCAAAACAAGUAUAUAUAGUUGAAAAUUUCUUGUGGCUCAGUUAAGGAUGAAACAAGAUAUUAACUAGUUAUGGUUAAGUAUGGAUGAUUGAUACAAGAGAUAUAUAGGUAGAAUGUGUUAUUUUCAUAGUAAUGGACAUUGCUUUCUUAUUUUACAGUCCCAGAAAUCCUGGAUAGAAAAUACUUUCACCAAACGGGAAUGUGUGUAUAUUAUACCAAGUUCAAAGGAUCCUCACAGAUGCCUUCCAGGAUGUCAGAUAUGUCAGCAACUUGUCAGAUGUUGUUGUGGUCGCUUGGUACGGCAGCAUGCUUGCUUUACUGCAAGUCUUGCCAUGAAAUAUUCAGAUGUAAAACUGGGUGAAAAUUUUAAUCAGGAGAUAGAAGAAUGGUCAGUAGAAAAACAUACUGAGCAGAGUUCAACAGAUGCUUAUGGUGUCAUCAACUUCCAAGGAGGUUCUCACUCCUACCGAGCUAAGUAUGUGCGAUUAUCAUAUGACACCAAACCUGAAGCCAUCCUACAGCUUAUGCUUAAAGAAUGGCAGAUGGAACUGCCAAAACUUGUUGUCUCUGUUCAUGGCGGGAUGCAGAAAUUUGAACUUCAUCCACGCAUCAAACAGUUACUUGGAAAAGGCCUUAUUAAAGCUGCAGUGACAACAGGAGCCUGGAUUAUAACUGGAGGAGUGAAUACAGGAGUUGCAAAGCAUGUUGGUGAUGCCCUCAAGGAACAUUCUUCUCAAUCAUCUCGAAAGAUUUGCACUAUUGGUAUAGCUCCUUGGGGAGUGAUUGAAAAUAGAAAUGACCUCGUUGGAAGAGAUAUUGUUGCUCCAUAUCAAACCCUGCUAAAUCCUUUAAGUAAAUUAAAUGUCCUGAAUAAUCUUCAUUCCCAUUUCAUACUGGUGGAUGAUGGAACAGUUGGAAAAUAUGGAGCAGAAGUAAAGUUACGACGAGAACUGGAAAAAAUGAUCAACUUGCAAAGAAUCCAUGCAAGAAUUGGUCAGGGUGUCCCUGUGGUGGCGCUUAUAUUUGAAGGUGGUCCCAACGUUAUCCUUACAGUUCUGGAAUACCUUCAGGAAAGUCCUCCUGUGCCAGUGGUGGUCUGUGAGGGGACUGGCAGAGCUGCAGACAUUCUGGCUUACGUUUAUAAGCAAACGGAAGAGGGAGGAAAUAUUCCUGAAGGAGCAGAACCUGAAAUAAUUUCAACUAUCAAAAAGACAUUUAAUUUUGGUCAGAGCGAAGCAGUUCAUUUGUUCCAGACACUGUUGGAAUGCAUGAAAAAAAAAGAACUUAUCACUGUGUUCCAUAUUGGAUCUGAUGAACAUCAAGAUAUAGAUGUUGCAAUCCUCACAGCACUAUUAAAAGGCACUAAUGCUUCUGCGUUUGACCAACUUGUUCUUACCCUUGCAUGGGAUAGAGUUGACAUUGCCAAAAAUCAUGUUUUUGUUUAUGGGCAACAGUGGCUGGUUGGAUCUUUGGAGCAGGCCAUGUUGGAUGCCCUUGUGAUGGACAGAGUUGCCUUUGUGAAACUUCUUAUUGAAAAUGGAGUAAGCAUGCACAAGUUUCUUACAAUUCCCAGGCUGGAAGAACUUUACAACACUAAACAAGGCCCAACAAAUCCAGCACUGUUUCACCUUGUACGGGAUGCCAAACAGGGAAAUCUUCCUCCAGGAUAUAAACUCACCUUGAUUGAUGUGGGACUUGUUGUUGAAUAUUUGAUGGGAGGAACCUACAGGUGCACUUAUACACGGAAACGCUUCAGAGUGAUAUACAACAGUCUCAGUGGCAGCAAUCGGCGCUCUGGGCGAAACACUUCAGGCAGCACUCCUCAAAUGCGUAAAAGCCAUGAACCUUUUGGUAACAGGGUGGAUAAGAAAGAGAAAAUGCGGCAUAAUCAUUUCAUCAAAACUGCACAGCCUUACAAACCAAAGGCCGAUACCAUUACAGAAGAAGGAAAAAAGAAAAAAACCAAAGAUGACAUAGUAGAUAUUGAUGAUCCAGAAACAAGACGCUUUCCUUAUCCUCUUAAUGAACUGUUGCUAUGGGCAGUGCUAAUGAAGAGACAAAAAAUGGCCCUCUUCUUCUGGCAGCAUGGCGAAGAAUCCAUGGCAAAGGCUUUAGUGGCUUGCAAACUAUAUCGUUCAAUGGCCUACGAAUCCAAACAAAGUGACCUUGUUGAUGAUACCUCGGAAGAACUGAAGGAGUAUUCCAAUGAGUUUGGGCAACUGGCAGUUGAGCUACUAGAACAGUCAUUCCGACAAGAUGAAACCAUGGCUAUGAAGUUGCUAACUUACGAGCUAAAAAACUGGAGCAAUGCCACCUGCCUUAAACUAGCAGUGUCUUCACGUCUUCGCCCUUUUGUAGCUCACACUUGUACACAAAUGCUGCUGUCUGAUAUGUGGAUGGGGAGGCUGAACAUGAGGAAGAAUUCAUGGUACAAGGUGAUACUGAGUAUAUUACUCCCCCCUGCCAUACUAAUGCUGGAAUAUAAAACCAAGGCAGAGAUGUCCCAUAUUCCUCAGUCUCAAGAUGCACAUCAGAUGACAAUGGAAGAUAGUGAGAACAACUUCCAGAACAUAGUAGAAGAUAUACCAAUGGAAGUAUUUAAAGAAGUAAGGGUCUUGGACAGGAGCGAAGGAAAACAUGACAUGGAGACAAUGCUAAAGCCCAAGCGACUUCCCAUUACACGAAAGUUUUAUGCCUUUUAUCAUGCACCAAUAGUGAAAUUCUGGUUUAACACGUUGGCAUACCUAGGAUUUCUGAUGCUUUAUACCUUUGUGGUUCUUGUGAAAAUGGAAGCACUACCUUCAGUUCAAGAAUGGAUUGUCAUUGCAUACAUCUUUACGUUAGCUAUUGAGAAGAUUCGUGAGAUCUUUAUGUCAGAAGCUGGGAAGAUUAGUCAGAAGGUUAAAGUGUGGUUCAGUGAUUACUUCAAUGUCAGUGAUACAAUAGCUAUUAUCACUUUCUUCAUUGGUUUUGGACUAAGAUUUGGAGCAGAAGGGAAUGUCGAUGAAAAUACUUACAAAGUAAAUUAUAUUUUUGUUGCUGGAAGACUAAUUUAUUGCCUGAAUAUAAUCUUUUGGUAUGUGAGAUUACUGGAUUUUUUGGCUGUAAACCAACAUGCUGGACCUUAUGUCAUGAUGAUUGGCAAAAUGGUAGCCAACAUGUUUUACAUUGUAGUGAUCAUGGCACUUGUCCUGCUCAGCUUUGGAGUCCCCAGGAAGGCAAUACUUUAUCCUAAUGAAGAACCAUCCUGGGUUCUAGCAAAAGAUAUUGUGUUUCAGCCUUACUGGAUGAUCUUUGGUGAAGUUUAUGCCUAUGAAAUUGAUGUAUGUGCAAAUAAUUCUGAACCUCAUUCUCAAAAACUCUGUGUGACGGGAUCGUGGUUGACACCUUUUCUUCAGUCUGUCUACCUUUUUGUACAGUAUAUUAUUAUGGUCAAUCUUCUCAUCGCUUUUUUCAAUAAUGUAUAUUUACAAGUAAAAGCCAUCUCCAACAUCGUAUGGAAGUAUCAACGUUAUCAUUUCGUAAUGGCUUAUCAUGAAAAACCCAUCCUGCCCCCUCCGCUUAUCCUUCUUAGUCAUAUGGCUUCCCUGUUUUGCUGUGUAUGCAAGCAAAGAAAGAAAGACAAAACUUCAGAUGGGCCAAAACUGUUUCUAACAGAAGAGGAUCAAAAGAAACUGCAUGAUUUUGAAGAGCUAUGUGUUGAGAUGUAUUUUAAUGAAAAAGAUGACAAAUUCCAUUCUGGAAGUGAAGAGAGAAUUAGAGUAACUUCUGAACGUGUUGAGCAAAUGUGCAUCCAAAUCAAGGAGGUUGGUGACAGAGUCAACUACAUCAAACGUUCAUUGCACUCUCUGGAUACACAAAUUGGCCACUUACAGGACCUCUCUGCUCUUACAGUGGAUACUUUGAAAACUUUGACUGCACAGAAGGCUUCAGAAGCUAGCAAAGUCCACAAUGAAAUUACACGGGAACUGAGCAUUUCAAAGCAUUUGGCACAGAACCUCAUUGAUGAUGGCCCAGUCAGAUCUUCCAUGUGGAGAAAACACAGUAUUGGCAACAUGUUUGGUGGUUCUUUUCCGCAGGGAGGCCUUGAGAGUAAUAAUGCUGUACUGUACAACAUUUCUAUGCAAGAUGAAAGAGAUUCUGGACAUAAGAUGAGUGGUCUCCCCAAAGGGGAUGAAUUCAACUUUCCAGAGGCAGGUUCCUCAGGCAGUGCCUUAGUUCCAAGAGUUCUUUCUCCCCCAGAACUUCGUCAAAGAGCACAGGGUACAGACAUAUCAAAAUGCAGUAAUAAAAAUAAAAAAACAGGCAGUUCUCUAAACAGCAUGCCACAGCUAACAUCUCAAACAGCUAAAUUUUUUGUUAGCACGCCUUCUCAGCCAAACUGUAAGCACCAGAUGGAAAGUACAAAAGAUGGUGAAGUUAUAUUCAUGAAGGCUGCUGAGGGAGAGAAUGCUGUUGAAUUUGGUGCCUUUGUGGGUCACAGAGACAACAUGGAAUUACAACGAUUGAAAGAGCCAGUGGUUAAGAAUAAAGAAAGAAGCGAUAAUAUUGAGGGCAGUAGUAAUACAGAAGGCAACCUGAAGCAUGUUAAUUCAUGUGGUGGCUUUACUGAUUAUCAUAGAAGCUCAUUAGCAGCACGUUCAGAGCAAAUGCAUAAUAGGAGCAGAACAUCGAUUGAAGAGUCUCAUCAGGUAGAUUCCAAAGCAGCCUUACUCACAGAUUGGUUACAAGGGAGACCUUCAUUCAGCAAUCAAAUGUCUUCUGAGGAGGAUGCACUGAAUGGUAUUGCUUCUCCAUUUAAACCCAUCAUGGAUACCACAUACUACUACUCAGCUGUUGAAAGAAAUAACUUGAUGAGAUUGUCACAGAGCAUCCCAUUCACCCCAGUGCCUCCAAGAGGUGAACCAGUCACUGUGUAUCGUCUUGAGGAAAGCUCUCCCAACAUCUUGAACAACAGUAUGUCUUCCUGGUCUCAGUUGGGUCUUUGCGCCAAAAUCGAAUUCUUAAGCAAGGAGGAAAUGGGAGGAGGCUUGCGGCGUGCCCUCAAAGUGGCCUGCACCUGGUCAGAGCACGAUAUUCUCAAAUCAGGGCACACUUAUAUCAUCAAGUCCUUUCUUCCUGAAGUUGUCAACACUUGGUCAAGCAUUUACAAAGAAGACACAGUAUUACAUCUCUGUUUAAGAGAAAUUCAGCAGCAAAGGGCAGCACAGAAGCUCACAUUUGCUUUCAAUCAGAUGAAGCCCAAAUCUAUUCCAUAUUCUCCCAGGUUCUUGGAAGUAUUCCUUUUAUAUUGCCACUCAGCUGGGCAGUGGUUUGCAGUUGAGGAAUGCAUGACUGGAGAGUUCAGAAAGUACAAUAACAACAAUGGAGAUGAAAUAAUUCCAACUAACAUGCUGGAGGAAGUCAUGUUAGCCUUCAGCCACUGGACAUAUGAAUAUACUCGAGGAGAGCUGUUGGUCUUAGAUCUGCAAGGUGUUGGAGAAAAUUUGACAGAUCCCUCUGUGAUAAAAUCUGAAGAAAAAAGGUCAAACGAUAUGGUAUUUGGUCCUGCAAAUCUAGGAGAAGAUGCCAUCAAAAAUUUCAGAGCUAAGCACCACUGCAACUCAUGCUGCAGGAAACUUAAGCUUCCAGAUUUGAAACGGAAUGACUACACACCCGAUAAAAUCCUGCUGCCGCAAGAUGAUUCUCCAGAGCUGACCAUUCAGCCUGGGAGCUGCACCAAAGAAUCUGACUCAGCCGGUUCCAGUCACGUGAUGCUGUGAUGACGGGCACAGCACUCUGGUUGCACCCAAACAUUUGCUCAAGUCACGGAGUCCCCUGGCCCUUCUCUCCCUGUGCUGUAAUUGGAUAGAAUCCUUCAUCAAAACAAAAGGCUACACAAAUAGGACCGGAAUGUUUUGAUGGCUCUGGUACAGUAAACGGGCCCAUUGUAGAGGGGCCUAGAAAAAUGUGGGAAUCACCCAUGGAGGAGCACCUGGCAGCUGGUGAUUCCUUGGGGGGUUUUUUUUUUUUUGGAGGGAGGGCGAGGGGAGGGAUAGGAUUGAAUGAGAUUAAGUAUUUAUGAAAUAGCUUUUUAAAGAGGCAUUUUAGCAGAAGGAGAACUUCACAUUUUACCUAGGUCUGUGCAGGAGAUUUCCCCCUCCUCAUCCUAUAGUGCAAUAUGCCCUUGACCAAAUGACGUUUUUGGUUUUGAUGGUUUUAAGGCAGAUUGUGUUUGGGCUUUUUGGCAGCUGGUUUCUGUCAUCUGGCUAGAGAAAUGGGAGAGUCCUCCCAGCCCCCAUCCCUGCACAUACCUUCUGCUUACAGAUACCGAAGGAUUCUUUGACCCUUCUCAGGGUGUCUUAUAUAAUACUGUCUCUGCUCAGAGCCAUGUAUGUUUUAUGUGGCCCACUGGAAUGAAGCUGCUCCGAAGGACCUGUCCGUGUUCAGUGCCAGUAAGCUGAGCCCCAUAGAGCAGGAACAGCUGUUUCCAGACAAGAAGUGAUGGCAUGUUUCCUGUAUCAGGAUUCAUCCUCAGAAGUGUGGAGCCAGUUCUCAUGGGAUGGACUGUAUGUAAUGAAAUCCUCUUUUUUUAAAAAAACGAAAAGAUACAUUUCAGUUUUAUCAAGUCACUGUCAGAUACUAGUAGAGCCACAAAAGAAGACGGCAGGAUAGGGAGGUGUCUAAUCACACAGGUAUUUGAUGUAACGAACUAGCACAGAAGUUGGUCUUGGAUAUGUUGCCUUGUACAAUGAACAGGUGUUUGGGAAGUGCUGUUUCUUUUUACGUAGUGGCUGCUUCAGAAGUGUUGCCUUCCAAAGAUCACCUAAAACCAGUCUAUGAAUGUUGAAUGUACAUGUGAACAUUUUAGGGUCCCUUCUGAUGUUACCGCUGCCCUGCAAGAGCUGUCACAACAUGGCGCCUUCCCAAGCGGUCAGGUGACAACACGAGCCCAGUGGCACCCCAGCCCCACCCCCCCACCCCGGCUAUGCUGCUGCUGCUGGUGUGUCCAGUGGGAGCAACGGCGGUAUGGGAAGGGGCUGUAGUGCCGGCAUCUGCCUCUCCAGUGCCGUAAGUAGCUGUGCCGCUGCCGUGGCUUCCACACCACCCAGAACAGCAUCACAAGGGCCCCUCCGUUGUAUUUAAAAUUGUGUGAAAACACCUUUAAUGUUAUGCUAUAUACAGAACUUAUUUAAAAGAAAAGAAAAUAGAGUUGGAUUUACAUUAUGUAAUGUGCGGGAGAUUGCAAUGCAACUUUAUGCCAAUAAAAUGUAAUUUACCUGUCCCCAAUUUGUUGAAUAUUCAACAAGAAGAACCUGUUGUCCAACUGAAGUUUCAUGCUGCAACUUUUUUUGUUAUGUAGGUACUAAUUGUUAUUUUUAAUUGAAAGGCAUCAUAAACGCCCAGUAAUUAUUAUUUUUUAAUUCUGUAGUGUAUCUUAUAGAUACAGACAUUAAGGCACGAACACAAUAGCUGUUUAAAUGGUGGUUUAUGUCACUGGGAGAAGAAAAGGUAUAGUGCAUUAAAAAUAUCAAACUGUAUACAUUUUGUAUAUCAAUAAAUCUUUAAACAAUCCCAAAUAAAUUUAUUCUUGUUUA